AGCGGGGGGAGCGGGGCCCGAGGAGGACGCGGAGCCGGGGAGAGCCCGGGACCACCGCCGGCCCCAUCCGCCGCGCUGGGCGGGGCCUGGGCCCAGCUGCCCUGAUGUCCCUGUAAAUUCAUCCUGGAAUUUCAUUUGAGGAAAGGAUCUUCUGAAUCAAAAGCUUCCUUCUGUUUUCCCCUCCCCACUGCUUCCCUGAAGAUGGCAUCCGACAGCCCGGAGUCACUCAUGACCUUGUGCACAGAUUUCUGCCUUCGCAACUUGGAGGGGACUCUGUGCUACUUACUGGACAAUGAAACUCUCCGGCUCCAUCCUGACAUCUUCUUGCCAAGCGAGAUCUGUGACAAACUCGUCAACGAGUAUGUGGAAUUGGUGAAGACAGACAGCAUCUUUGAACCCCAUGAAAGCUUCUUCACCCUCUUCUCAGAUCCACGGAGCACCAGGCUAGCUCGGAUCCACUUGCGGGAACAGAUCGUGCAGGACCAGGAUCUGGAGGCCAUCAGGAAGCAGGAUCUUGUUGAGCUCUACCUGACUAACUGCGAGAAGCUGACGGCCAAGAGUCUGCAAACUUUGGUGAGCUUCAGCCACACGCUUAUUUCCCUUAGCCUCUUUGGAUGCUGCAAUAUCUUCUAUGAGGAAGAGAACCCCGGAGGCUGUGAAGAUGACUGCUUGGUGAACCCCACUCGCCAGGUUUUGGUCAAGGACUUCACUUUUGAAGGCUUUAGCCGCUUGCGCUUCCUGAAUCUGGGCCGCUUGAUUGAAGGGGUCAACGUAGAGACAUUGCUUCGGCCUUUGACCUCCCUUGCUGCUCUUGACCUCUCUGGGAUCCAGCUGAAUGAUGUGGGAUUUCUGACACAGUGGAAGGACAGUCUGGUUUCCUUAGUGCUUUACAACAUGGACCUUUCAGAGGAGCACAUCCAAGUGAUUGCACAGCUUCACAAGCUCAGACACUUGGAUAUCUCUCGAGACCAUCUGUCCAGUUACUAUAAAUUCAAGCUGACCCGUCGGGUUCUAAACCUGUUUGUGGAAAACUUGGUAAACCUGACCUCGCUCGAUAUCUCAGGGCACACUAUGCUGGAGAACUGCACUAUCCCAAACAUGGAAGAGAAGAUGGGCCAGACAAGCAUUGAGCCAGCAAAGAGCAGCAUUGCUCCCUUCCGGGGUUUGAAACGACCACUCCAAUUCCUGGGCCUUUUUGAAACAUCUCUCUGCCGCCUGACGCAUAUUCCAGCCUAUAAGGUGAGUGGAGACAAGAAUGAAGAGCAAGUUCUGAACGCUAUCGAGGCUUACACUGAACACCGGCCAGAAAUCACUUCUCGUGCCAUCAACCUCCUUUUUGACAUCGCCCGUAUUGAGCGUUGCAGCCAGCUGCUGCGAGCUCUCCAGCUGGUGAUCACAGCCCUCAAGUGCCACAAGGAUGACAAAAACAUCCAGGUGACAGGCAGUGCUGCACUGUUUUACCUGACCAACUCCGAGUACCGCAUGGAGCAGAGCAUAAAGCUGCGACGCCAGGUCAUCCAGGUGGUGCUGAAUGGCAUGGAGUCCUACCAGGAAGUCACAGUACAGCGGAACUGCUGCCUCACACUGUGCAACUUCAGCAUUCCUGAGGAGCUGGAGUUCCAGUACCGCCGAGUAAAUGAGCUGCUGCUGAACAUCCUCAACCAGAGCCGGCAGGAUGAGUCUAUCCAGCGCAUUGCCGUGCACCUCUGUAAUGCUCUGGUCUGCCAGGUGGACAACGAUCAUAAAGAAGCUGUGGGCAAGAUGGGUUUUGUCAUGACAAUGCUAAAAUUGAUUCAGAAGAAGCUGGCUGAUAAAACGUGUGAUCAGGUGAUGGAGUUCUCAUGGAGUGCCCUCUGGAACAUUACUGAUGAGACUCCUGACAACUGUGAGAUGUUCCUCAACUACAGUGGUAUGAAACUGUUCCUGGAGUGCUUGAAAGAGUUCCCAGAGAAACAGGAGCUGCACCGCAAUAUGUUGGGCCUCCUGGGCAAUGUGGCUGAGGUCAGGGAACUCCGUCCACAGCUCAUGACCUCCCAGUUCAUCAGUGUGUUCAGCAAUCUGCUAGAGAGCAAAGCAGAUGGGAUUGAGGUAUCCUAUAAUGCCUGUGGGGUGCUCUCCCAUAUCAUGUUUGAUGGUCCGGAGGCUUGGGGUAUUUGUGAGCCCCACCGAGAGGAAGUUGUAAAGAGGAUGUGGGCAGCCAUCCAGAGCUGGGAUAUCAACUCCAGAAGAAAUAUCAAUUACAGGUCAUUUGAACCAAUCCUUCGACUUCUUCCACAAGGGAUCUCUCCUGUCAGCCAGCACUGGGCUACCUGGGCACUCUAUAACUUGGUCUCUGUCUACCCUGACAAGUACUGCCCACUGCUGAUCAAAGAAGGUGGGAUUCCCCUUCUGAAGGACAUGAUUAAAAUGGCCUCAGCACGGCAAGAGACCAAGGAAAUGGCCUGGAAAGUUAUAGAGCACUGCAGUAACUUUAAGGAGGAGAACAUGGACACUUCCAGAUAGAGGCAAUCAUCUAAUGCCUCUUGCCAGCACUGUAUCCAGCUUCUCUCUAAUUCACUGUACAUAGUGAGGACUCUUUCUGACCAACUCGCCUGUUGGAAGGAAACUUUAUGUGUGUGUGUGAGACCCUCAGUAGAUGAAGGUGAACAGGGGAGGGAGGGAGGGACUUUUUGCACAACAAAACGCUUUCCUUAAAUUAGUGGACUUUUUCGUUAUGAAGUUUCAGAUUGAAGUUCUGUGUGUAUGAUUUCUGUAUAAAAAGAAAACAAAAAAAGACAAUUACAUUAUGUAUCUUUUAACCUUUUUUUUUUUUUUUUUUAGACCAUACAGAGAGCCCCAAAUGAUCACGAGCUUGAAAACCCAGUUGUGUGAUCACUAGUGUGACAUUUUCCUUCCCACUUUUUAGAAAAUUCCCUUUUGCUGUAUUGCAUGAGGUCCUGCAAUGCAAGAACACCAGUCCUGAAUCAGCACUGGCCACUCAGUGGGUUUACAGGCAGAAGUGAGUUAGUUAUUUGCUCUGAAGGUUGGGGGACACAUUACCAAGAAGUCAGAGCAAAAGAACUGAACUUUUUGGUAAUGUUUUUAAGUAGAGGAAACGGGGAAAAAUUAUCUUUUAAGUCAAUUCAUUCUCUUAAGGGUUUUUUAUGGUAGAGUCCUAUUAAUGGAAGCACUGCUAAAUGUAUGUGGUUCAUUUGGAAGUAAGAGGUUCCUGUUAAUGUCAGGAAUUCUGUUUUGUCCCCUUUGGCAGUUCUGUAGGAUCUGCCAGCCCACCUAGACUCAUGUGGUCAGGGAUGACCAGUAAAAGCAGUUACACAUCCUUGGCAACGCAGAGCUUUUCCCUCUAAGGGAGCCUGUGCAUAAAGGAACAAGGUUUGUUCACAAAGGGCUAUACAUCUUCAUACCAGUUUUUUCAACACCUUUUUAGUUUUGUUCUGCUUCAUGGAGAAGGGCUAUAAAUGCCAGAAAAUGGCAUCAUAACCCCUACCAGGCCAUGGGCCACGUGUGCAAGUCCCAGUAAAUGACUGAAGCUCUUCUACCCUUCUUCAGCCUGCACUCAGUGGUAAAGUACCCUCACUGCAGCACAGAUGCUGUCAUUUGAGGUGCUAACAUCUUCUUUAAGGCUGAGGAGUCUCUAGGAACCCUUUGGAAUACCAUCUCCUAAAACAGCACCUCUUGUUCCAUCCCAACAUCUUCCCCCUCUUCUGGCACUACUCUUAUCCUACUGCUAGCACUACCCAGUGCAGUCCCACUCCCAUCAGCAGAUUCACUCCAAUUUAUAUGGGUUAGGGGAGAGGAGAAUCCGCACUAAGCUGGUCACAGAAUCAGAGAAUGGCCAGGGUUGGAAGGGACCUCAAAGAUCAUGAAUCUCCAACCCCCUGGUCUUCACCUGUAAAACCCCAGGCCUACAGAGUCUUAAAAAGCCCAGGGCCAAAGGCUGCUUCACAGCCAGGCACUCAGCAUCACGUUGUGCAGUUCAUGCUCAGAGCCCCACCUGUCACAGUGCUUUCAUAAUUCACAGCUCUUCCCUUAAAAGUGGUUUUGAAAAGAUUUUACAUCUGCAGUGAGAGGAAACCGUGGCCAUGUGUGUUAGGACAGGUCAGGCCUCUGGGAUAGCACAGUAACCAUUGCUGCUCUCUUCCCUCAUUUACAUUGCUUGCUGCUAUGACUGAGGUUCUUCUGAUGCUCAGAGUUAAUGCUGUCAUUACUGAGCACAUUAUGGACAGAUCCUAGGGACACAAACUGACACUUUAAAUGACAGAACACAGCUGCCCUGGAGGGGUUUACUUUUUUCUGCCAACACGGUGUUACCCAAUGUCUUUUCUUCUCUCUUUUUAACCAUGUCAUGUUUUGAUAUUGUGAGAUCUGUACUUUUUCUUUAAGUAUUUUUCAAACUAUAUAUAUAUUUUUGUGUCACUUUUGAAUUGUUUUCAUACAGUUUGAAAAACUUGACAAAUUACACUUUUUUGUGGUUGUUUGAUUGAAAUGUA